UGUGACGUCAGAGCAGUCACAAGACCGUGCUCGCGCAGCAGAGUGAGUUCUGAGGCCACGCAGCGGCGAGUUCGCAGUUCGCGUGCGAGGAUUGAAGGAUAGAACAUUGCAUCAUGGUCGUACAGAGACAAUCCUGCAGCUGAGUGGAAGACGCGACUACUUCUAUCUGGUACAUGUUGUAACGUACCAGAUAGUCUUACAGGAUUUUUUUUGUCUUAGUAGGUAAUUUAUCCGGUUGUCGGCGCGGUGUGUGGUUAGCUUAGCGGCGCAUCUCCAGCCUUCCUAACAAGGCAACAUUUCGGGGGCACCAGCGGCGACGCUAAGCUAGCAUCCCUGCUAGCUUGGCCGGUGCGCUCGCGCGCAGCUCCCGCGUGGGGGAUGUUAUCCGUGCUAUCGUACGGUAGACUGGUAGCCAGAGCUGUCAUCGGCGGACUCUCUCAGACAGACAGCCGCGACUACAGUCUGGUGACGGCGAGCUGCGGCUUUGGAAAGGACUUCCGGCGUGGCAUCUUAAAGAAGGGGAUGUGUUAUGGGGACGACGCGUGCUUCAUCGCUCGACAUAGAUCGGCGGAUGUUUUGGGUGUUGCAGAUGGGGUCGGAGGCUGGAGGGACUAUGGUGUUGAUCCAUCACAGUUUUCAGGGACUUUGAUGAAGACGUGUGAAAGACUUGUGAAGGAAGGACGCUUUGUCCCCAGCAACCCUGUUGGUGUCCUGACGACCAGCUACUAUGAGCUGCUACAGAACAAAGUGCCACUAUUGGGCAGCAGCACCGCCUGCAUCGUGGUCUUGGACCGGCAGAGUCACCGUCUGCACACGGCCAAUCUCGGAGACUCUGGCUUCCUGGUGGUUCGGGGUGGAGAGGUGGUCCAUCGCUCAGAUGAGCAGCAGCACUACUUCAACACCCCCUUCCAGCUGUCCAUAGCUCCCCCAGGGGCCGAGGGGGCAGUUCUCAGCGAUAGCCCCGACGCCGCAGACAGUUCCUCCUUUGACGUCCAGCUGGGUGACAUCAUCCUCACAGCCACCGAUGGCCUCUUCGACAACAUGCCCGACUACAUGAUCCUGCAGGAGCUGAAAAAACUGAAGAACACAAACUAUGAGAGCAUCCAGCAGACUGCGCGCAGCAUCGCAGAGCACGCUCACGUACUGGCCUACGACCCCAACUACAUGUCACCUUUUGCACAGUUUGCUUGUGCCAAUGGUCUGCAUGUGAGAGGAGGAAAGCCAGAUGACAUCACAGUGCUGCUGUCCAUAGUGGCAGAAUACACAGACUAGACCUCUGUCUCUGGAAGUGAUGAACUGUUGGUGUCCUGCUGGUCAGGAUGAAGGACGGAUGCCCUCAGCCGUCCACCAGCCGCUUCCUGUCCUCAAAAACUGUUUACAGGUCCACUUCUCUGAGCGCUUAAGAGACGAGUCACAGAGGAAGGAAACACAAAAUCCAUUUAGCCUGGUUCCACUGUUGGCAUCUUUGCAGUGUCAAGGAUAAGCGGUCUCUGGGCUCCACUGAGACGGGAGUCGGGACUCAAACAGAGAGGAUGCUGAAACUGAAAACGGGGACAGAUGUGACCAGUCAGUUGGGGAGUCUAAAGGAGUAAAACGAUGGUGUUAAGAAGGGAAAAGGCCUCAACGAACGGGCUGCUCUGUGCACGCCGAUGUCCGCGGUACAAAGAUAGGUAGAAAAACUCCUGUGUGUGUUCAGGAAACACGCACAAAAAAAAGUGUACAUUUUACACACAGGUGGGCGGUUUCCCCAUAAAGAUUUCAUAGAGGCGACAGCUGCCUUUUCCUUAACGUUGCCGUUUAGGACUUGCACCUAUUUUGUUACAUAAUGGGAGAAUUAUUUAUAGCUCAGAAGCCUCUAGAGCUAUAUUGUGUCAAACGGAUGCCCUCCCCUUUAAUCUCAUGACUGCUGCUGCUGCUGGAGUCUUGUGGUUGUGCGUGUUGUCUGUACGGACGGGUGGUUGUGUGAUGAAUGAGUCUGCUCGUCUGUUUUCUAGAAGUAAUCUGUGUUGCUGAGAUGGAUGUGAAGGUUUCAGACUGCUUCAUAUCCACUGGGCUUCAAAAGUCUGGCAGCCAUAAACGCACAAAGCUUAAGGAACAUAUCUGAAAAAAAAAAAAUUAAUGGAAGUAGGUCACGUGACCAAAUGUAUUUCUGUAACUCUUCUCUGUUGUUCUGCUCCGGAUUCAACUGUGGUUCACAAUCAAGAUUUUUUUUUUUGCUAAGGCCACACUGUAGGUUUCGUCUGAAUACUGGUCCCAUGUCUCCAUCCCACCACUACUAACUAAUAGUGCUGCCACAAACGAUUAUUUUAAUAGUCGACUAAUCGAGUGAAGCGCAAAGUCGAUGUAAAGCACACAUCUUAACCGUCAUUAGCUUUAACUAACUUCUAACAAAUCAUGCACCAUCUGUCUUUCAUUAGUUUCUGGGAUUAAAACAAGAUUAGAUCAAAUGAGAGAGAGAUAAGGAAUCUACUUUCCAUCAAACUCGUUUUGACAGGUGCCCCGCCCCUCAAGAUGAUGUAACAAUUUAAUAUCAAUAUUACAUAUAAAGGGUAUAUUGCAGAAGGUGUCAAACUCAGUCGCACAAGGGCCCAAAAUCCAAAACACACCUUAGGUCGCGGGCCGAACAGGAUAAACAUUUAUUG